ACAAUUUUCCCCUCCCGGAGAACACUCCACUCCACUGCUCAUAGAUCAACUUUCUCACUGGUUCAUCACAGUUGUCGCUUUAAGCUUUUGUUAAGCUAAUACAUUAGUGUAUCCACUGCUUUGUUCCCAUGGAUUUCCCUAGAUUCUUGUUCUAUGCUACGAUUGUUCUUUCGAUUUCAGUUUGUUUGUUUGCAACAAUGGCGAAUUCACUGGGGAUCAAUUACGGACAAAUAGCAGACAAUCUUCCGUCACCAGAAGACGUGGUACCUAUCGUUAAAUCGAUCGGAGCGACCAAAGUGAAGCUCUACGACGCAGAUCCGAGAGUCCUGAAAGCUUUUGCAAACACUGGCGUCGAAUUCAUCGUCGGAUUAGGCAACGAGUACUUGGAUAAGAUGCGAGAUCCGGCGAAAGCGCUUGCUUGGGUCAAACAGAACGUUCAAUGCCACUUGCCGGCCACGAAAAUCACCCGUAUCUUCGUCGGGAACGAGGUUCUCACUUUCAACGACACUUCUCUCUCCGAAAACCUCUUGCCGGCGAUGCAGAGCGUUCACGCCGCCCUGGUCAGCCUCGGACUGGACAAACAAGUGACCGUCACGACGACACAUUCGUUAGCCAUCCUCGAAACCUCUUACCCGCCUUCCGCCGGAGUGUUCCGCGAAGAUCUGGUCGAUUGUUUAAGCGGCACUUUGAGCUUUCAUCAGAAAACCGGCUCUCCCUUUUUGAUCAAUGCGUAUCCUUUCUUUGCUUAUAAGGGGAACUCCAAGCAAGUUCCGUUGGAAUUUGUUCUUUUCCAGCCGAACCAAGGAGUCAUCGAUCCGGCGACGAAUCUACAUUACGACAACAUGUUGUACGCUCAAAUCGACGCUGUUUACAACGCUUUAGCGACGCUCGGGUACAAGAAGCUCCCGGUUCAUAUAUCGGAAACCGGUUGGCCGUCGAAGGGUGACGAAGAUGAGUUCGGAGCUACACCCGAAAACGCGAAGAAAUACAAUGGGAAUCUGAUCAAGUUGAUGUCGAAAAAAACCGGGACUCCGAUGAGGCCGAAUUCGGAUCUCAACAUUUACGUUUUCGCUUUGUUUAACGAGAACCUGAAACCGGGUCCGACUUCGGAGAGGAAUUACGGGUUGUUUAAGCCCGACGGAACGCCGGCUUAUUCUCUCGGGAUUAGUAGUACUAGCAACACCGUCGGAAGUGGUAAUACAACGACCGCAGGUGGAAAUAACGGAAAGCCUCAGACGACGUUGACACCGCCAUCUUCGCCGACGAGUUCUUCCACCGGUUAUUUGUCUAUUUCUUCUGCGACGGAGAGAUAUGAGUUGGUGGGUAAUGUGGCGGUGAUUGUUACGUGGUGGUUGAUUAAAAUAUUGGUAUAACGGCCAAUUAGAAGCUAUUAUUUUCAUCGGACUUUUGAAAAAGAUGGCAGUGGAGAGGGAGUUAUUAAAGAGAAUCCGAGGCAACUUCGUUGAUAGGGAAAGGAUUUUUAGCUGUUUGCCUCUUGCAGGGUUUGUUGAGUUUGAUGGAGAGAGGGAUCUUUUAGAUGAUUAUUGUUAAUUUAAUUCCAUUAAUCAUUGCUCUAAAAUUUUCUUAAUGCCCCCUUGGGGUUGUUGUAGUGACCAUAAUGUACCGUUAUUGACAUUUUUUAAUUAUUAUUAUUAUUAUUAUUAUGCCUUUUUAA